AAUGUAGUUUCUUUAAUAUCAUCGCCACUACCAACAAUAAAACUAAGUCACACACCUUCACAAAACAACAUAAAACCCACUCCUAUUCUAUUCUCCUCCACCCAUCAACCAACCCAACACAACAAAUUUAUAAUAAACAAAACACACCAAACACAUUCAACUCAACUCAAAUUUCACACUUCAAUUUCAAUUUUGAUCUAUAAAAACAAAUGGUCAAAUCAUAGCCUUAUUCUCACUCAUUUCCCUUUCAAUUUCAAUUUCAAUUUUCCAAUCCCAUCAUGGCUUCAAUCUCAAGUAUUUAUUCAUCUUCACCAACACUUAACAAUCAAAAAAACCAAAACGCAUCCUCUAUUCCAAUACGACGUCGUUCACAACAACAUCUCCCUAUAUACCAAACCCGACCCAAACUCCCUCCAACCCGCUCCGUCGCACGCGAAAUUCCAACCGGAACCGAUCUCUCCGCUGUGCAAUCCACAAACCACCAUCGUCUCGAGAAAGAUCCACGCGCUUUAUGGCGGCGUUACGUGGACUGGCUAUACCAGCACAAGGAGAUUGGUUUGUAUCUGGAUGUGAGCCGGGUCGGGUUUACCGAUGAGUUUGUGAAGGAAAUGGAGCCGAGGUUUCAGGCGGCGUUGAAAGCUAUGGAGGAGCUUGAAAAGGGAGCGAUUGCGAAUCCUGAUGAAGGGCGUAUGGUUGGGCAUUACUGGCUUAGGGAUUCCAAUCGUGCUCCGAAUAUAUUUCUUAAGACGCAGAUUGAUAAGACCCUUGAUGCUAUUUGUGGUUUUGCUGAUGAUAUCGUCUCUGGUAAGAUUAAGCCUCCUUCAUCCCCUGAGGGAAGGUUUACUCAGAUACUUUCUGUUGGGAUUGGAGGUUCUGCACUUGGACCACAGUUUGUUGCGGAGGCACUUGCUCCUGACAAUCCUCCGCUCAAGAUAAGAUUUAUUGACAACACAGAUCCUGCUGGCAUUGAUCAUCAGAUUGCACAACUCGGCCCUGAGCUAGCUUCGACACUUGUAAUUGUGAUUUCAAAGAGUGGAGGCACCCCUGAGACUAGAAAUGGCUUGUUAGAAGUACAAAAGGCCUUUCGUGAAGCAGGAUUGGAUUUCCCAAAACAGGGUGUUGCUAUAACACAAGAAAACUCUUUGUUGGAUAACACUGCCAGAAUUGAGGGAUGGUUGGCUAGAUUUCCCAUGUUUGACUGGGUGGGAGGUAGAACGUCAGAGAUGUCUGCAGUCGGCCUGCUUCCAGCAGCUCUGCAGACCAUUGACAUUAGAGAAAUGCUUCUUGGUGCAUCACUGAUGGAUGAGGCAAAUAGGAGUACUGUGAUAAGGAAUAAUCCUGCAGCUUUACUGGCUUUAUCUUGGUAUUGGGCUACAGAUGGUGUUGGAUCCAAGGAUAUGGUUAUCCUUCCGUAUAAGGACAGCCUGUUAUUAUUUAGUAGAUACUUGCAGCAAUUGGUCAUGGAAUCUCUGGGCAAAGAAUACGACUUGGAUGGUAAUCGGGUUAAUCAAGGAAUUAGUGUCUAUGGAAAUAAAGGAAGCACAGACCAGCAUGCCUACAUUCAGCAACUGAGGGAAGGUGUGCACAAUUUCUUUGCGACGUUCAUUGAGGUGCUACGCGAUAGACCACCGGGUCAUGAUUGGGAGCUUGAACCAGGUGUUACAUGUGGUGACUACCUGUUUGGUAUGCUACAGGGAACAAGGUCAGCUUUGUAUUCUAAUGACCGCGAGUCCAUCACAGUCACCGUGCAAGAAGUAACACCUCGAUCAGUUGGAGCCCUUGUUGCACUGUAUGAACGAGCAGUUGGGAUAUAUGCCUCACUUGUCAACAUAAAUGCUUAUCACCAACCUGGCGUGGAAGCUGGUAAGAAAGCAGCAGGAGAAGUAUUAGCACUUCAAAAACGAGUGCUGGCAGUGCUAAACGAAGCAAGCUGCAAGGAACCUGUUGAACCUUUGACAAUUGAAGAAGUAGCUGAACGUUGCCACGCUCCAGAAGAUAUUGAAGUAAUUUACAAGAUUAUUGCUCAUAUGGCUGCCAACGAUAGAGCACUAAUUGCUGAAGGUAACUGUGGUUCUCCAAGGAGCGUCAAAGUUUUUCUCGGAGAGUGUAAUGUUGAUGAAAUGUAUGCAUGAGUUAGACUAGUGAAAUCCACAUUUCAUAAUAGAUGUGUUCAAAUACCCAUCAAAAGAAAGGAAGCAGCUUGGAAUAAAUUAUUUUGGAUCUCUUCAUCUUCAAUGAAAUUGAUUUGUAUUUUGUAGACAAACUUUUGAAAUAGUGGUUGGUUGAGUUUGGUUAUCUGAAAAGGGAUCAUAUUGAUAAAUUUGAAUACUAUCGAUAUAAACCAAAUGGAAAAUGUGAGGGGUCACGUUAUGGAAUAAGCUGACCAACUUUUGUGGAUUGUUUGAUCAUUCGCAAAAGCAACUUUAGAUUAUGUAAAAUUGAUUGUGUAUAAAUUUGGUUGAUUGUUGUUUGUCCAAAUUACAAAAGUACUCUUAGUUAAAAAA